AUGGACAGGAUCGGUGCGUUGUCUGAUGACUUGCUAGUGAAGGUAUUGUUCUAUCUUCCAACAAAAGAUGCUGUGUCCACUAGCAUUUUAUCGAAACGAUGGGAGCAUCUCUGGAAGUGGUUGCCGAAACUUGAGUUUGACGACACAGAUUAUUCAGAGUCUCGAUGCGAGAGGUUAAGGUGUUUCCUUCUCAGAAGUCUGCCACAACAUCGAGCUCCGGUUAUCGAAACCUUGCAUCUCAAGCUAAGCAAAUCGCAUUUUGAGCCUGGAGUUGUCAAACUGAUGAUUGCAAUUGCCGUUUCUCGCCACGUGCGAGAGCUUGAUAUUUCUUACUCUUCCGAUCCGGAGAAGUCCAACAUACUGCCGAGUAACUACUUGUUUACCUGCAAAUCGCUUGUGGUAUUGAAACUCGAGGACGGGAUUCUCGUGGAUGUUCCUCCUACGGUUUGUCUUCCUUCUCUGAAAACUUUGCAACUUCAACGUGUGGCAUACGUCAACGAAGAGACUCUUCAACGGCUUCUAUCUAGUUGCCCUGUUCUUGAAGAACUAAUGGUGGAAAUAUGGGAGGAUGACACUAUGAGAAAGUUCACUGUGAUUGUCCCAUCUUUGCAGAGUUUAUCACUCUAUAUACCCUAUGAAUAUGGUAUAGAUGGGUUUGAGAUAAAAACUCCGUCUUUGAAGUAUUUCAAAAUCAAGGAUCAUAAUAGUCAGAGCCACUACUGUUUGAUUGAGAACAUGCCUAAUCUGAUCGAGGCAUAUGUCGAUGUUGAAUUCCCAGAUAUCAAUAGUCUCAUUGGAUCCAUCACAUCUGUUAAACGUCUUGAGAUAUGUUCAGAGGUUGUAUAUGAAGAAGGUUUUGUCUUCAACAAGCUUGAACAUCUGAAGCUAUGUAGAUGCAAAGAGUGUUCUUCGAAUCUACUUGUCCAGCUACUCAAAGAUUCUCCUAACUUACGUGUACUAGACCUUUACGAAAUGAUUGAUCAUUACUACAAUGGUACUGUUAACUGGAAUCAACCAAGUACUGUUCCUCUAUGUAUGUUGUCGAGUCUACAAGUUUUCAACUGGUCGGCAUACUCAGGAGCAUCAGAGGAGAGAGAUCUUGCGAUUUACAUCUUGGAAAAUGCUUGCCGCUUAAAGACUGCAACCAUCUCGACCGAUGAAUGUGAUAUUCCAAAACUUGAGAUGAUAAAGGAGUUGGCACUUUGUUCCAGAGCUUCAACAACAUGCAAAUUCAUGUUUGAUUGA